GAUGAGUAUAAAUACGAAAGCCAGCCGCUGAAAGAGGACCCUAGGGUUUGAGGAUCACUUGGUUCUUCUACUGUUUUGGGUGCAGGAGGAUAUCUGUAGAGGUGAAAUACCUGCUGCUUCUUUCAGAUCUAUACUUGAAUUUUGUGGAACGAUGAAGUUAAGGAGCGACUAUGUUUACGAAUAUCGUCCCACUGUAGAAGAAGAAGAAGAAAAAGAAUUGGUUGCAAGGGCUGUUGAUGCUGCUAAAAAUGUUUUGAGGUCAGUUCAGUCUUCAUAUGAUGUUGCUGCUGUUACUCCUGGUGUAGAUGUCGACCAGUUAAUGCCAUAUGCUUAUAAAGAAGAAGAAUCUCUUGAACCACAAAGAGAUGAUGAUAUCUGCUCUACUUCGAGUACUAUAGAAUAUACUUACCCAGAAGAAGAAGAACCAAGCAAGAAUUCUUAUGGGGAUGAUGAAGAAGAUGAGGAUGAUGAUGAAGAAGAUGAAGAUGAGGAAGACAAUGAAGAAGAUGAGGAUGAUGAUGAAGAAGAUGAGGAUGAUGAUGAAGAAGAAGAUGAAGAUGAUGAUGAUUCCUCGAUGUUUUCAGAUACCGAUUAUGGAAUGAUCCCAGAAGAAAAAUCACUGACUGAUGAGGACUCGGAGAGCGACAGCGACAAUGGCAAUGUUAGCAAGUCUCCUGUUAAACAGCUAAGCAAGGAUGACUGGGUUGCUUCGUGGAAUGAGGGAGAUCCUCAAGAGCAUUUGACUUGGAUUAAUGUGUAUGCUUAUUAUAGAAAGAAGGAAAAAGGCUUAGGAGGAUAUGGAGGAUAUGGAGUUAUUCUACGCUAUGACGACAAUGCGAAGCCAGUCGCUGCUUCAGCCAAGUACUCAGCAGAUGGAAAAUCUUUUCUAUAUCAAGUGUUGAUGGGAAUAAAGGCCGGUGUCCAACUUGCUGAGGAUCAUGAACUUCCUGGUCGUUCUGUCCGAUGCAAUUCGGUUAGCGUUGAAAGUCUCAUUAGGCGUGCUGCAUAUUACUGCAGUAAUGAUGAAUGCAGAAACUCAUAUGAGCACGACAAAAUUUGCAGGGAGUGUGAGGCUUAUCUUAAUUGGGUUGUGGGUUGCGAUAUGGGGUUGUGGCCUCUUGUCCAGGAUCUUAAAAGCCAAAAAGAACUAAGUUUGGAAAAAUAUCCAAAGGCAUGUAAUGAAGCUGCGCAUUAUCUGGCAAAAAUGGCAAAAGCAAAGCACGAGAAGAAGGGAAAAAGGAUUGUUCAGGAGGAUGAGGAUCUCGGUGAGAUUGUACCAGAUAAAUUUCCAGGAAAGCUAAUAGAUAUUCUUUGGGCAGAUGCUUUUCGUGGUAUGUCGUACUGCAGGGCGUCAUCGGUACCAUGGUAAAGAAGAUAUGAAGAGGACUCUAUUGUGUGGUUCUGACGCUCUAUUUUGAUUAGUAGCCGUGUUUUUAUGUUUGAACAUCUAUUAAUAUGUUUGAAUCUACUGGGGAUGUUUUUUGGGAUUUAUAUGAUGUUUUUAAGUUACUAUGAAUUUGGGCGUGGUGAAAUAUAUAAUGAUCUUUGAUA